CUCUCGAUUAUACCUGAUUUACAGUCGGUCACACCGCGCGUUUUCCCAACUACGCAAAUUUCCGUAAUUAUUGUUAUUAUAGGGUAUAAGGUUUUCCAUUAAGGACGACCGGUAUUCGCGAACCUUUUAAUAUCUGCUUCCUUAUUGACGCUUCAGUUGCGAAAUUGCGGUAUGGAUGCCGUGAGAGUGUUGGUGACUUUGAUGCUUGCGAUCCAAGUGCAGGGGUUGAGGGUGAAUCAGAUCGUGAACGUUUCGGUGGAGGAUGUUUUGAGCCGAAUUCCGCAACAAGACGUUCUCGGUCCGCUUAUAAGUGGGAUCAACAGUUUUAUGACGAGCACUCAUGAUAGGGUGAUAGGGGGUGGCCCCUAUGGUGACGAGUGCAAAGUAACAUUAAUGAAAUUUGGUGGAGACGAAUUAACAUACAGCAUGCGACCUCGCGGUUACUGCUCGUUCUGCUGCAAAUUGGGCAAGCUCUCACGCCACAUCCGCCUGUACUUCUUUAGCAAAUCGACAGGAAAUCGCACGAUCGAAAUUAACAUGUCGAAAAAUAAGGGCUCGCUGCGUUCCGCCGGCGUCAAAAGCGACGUACCGACCGUGUUUUUCAUACACGGUUUUCUCGAGUACGGCCUAGGAAUGUCGGCACGUUUUAUACGUGAUGCGUUUUUAAGCAGGGAAGAGGAUUACAACAUCAUUUCGGUGGAUUGGGGCGUGUUCACCCCUCUCCCUUGGUAUUACCACGCGGCCUCACACACGAAGCUGUUGGGAAAAGUUCUGGCGAAAUUCAUUGAUUUUUAUCACAGUACGGGCGAGCUCUCCAUCGGGAGGAUACAUGUAAUUGGGUUCAGCUUGGGCGCGCACGUAGCCGGCGUCAUCGGUAAUCAGCUCGGUCAAGGACGGCUGCCUAGGAUAACCGGGUUAGACCCGGCUUUCACAUUGUUUCCCGUCGACGAGGAUCCGGCGAAUCGGCUAACGAAAGACGACGCGGAAUUUGUCGAUGUCAUCCACACGGACGCCGGUUCGUUCGGUUAUCCCGUAUCUAUUGGUCACGUCGAUUUUUAUCCGAACGGUGGCAGUGGCGUGCAGCCGGGAUGCGAAAUCUCCAGUCUGGCCGAGAAGAAGAUCAUAGAACAAAUAAUUUACUGCGGACAUAUACGAGCGUGGAAAUAUUACGGCGAAUCUGUACGAAACCCACGAGCCUUUCCCGCGACCAAGACCAAAAUAAUCCAAAACGGCGAUGGCAAGUUUAAGUUUGUUACGGAUGCGUACAUGGGAUUUGGUGUCAACAGCUCGGCAAGAGGAGAUUUCGGUUUAAUUACCAAUGCAUUUCCACCGUUUGGUAUGACGGACAAAGAGCAAGAGACUGAAAUUAACACAUUGUAACGUACAGUGUUAGCUAGUUAAUUUAAAUAAUUCAUUAAAAAGACGGUUAAUUGGAAA